GUACAUAAAAACUAAUGUUCCACAUUUAGCACACUCCUUUGGAAGAUGUCCAAUACUUGGUAGGCUAAAUUUAAGUUUUCCAAUUAACUCAAUGGACCACCAAGAAAGCUUCCAUAAUGGGAUUUUUUUUUCUUUGUGUGUGCAUUGUUUGAAUAUAAAAGACUAAAAAAAGAGCGACCUGAUGUUACAGACUGUAAUCAAAGAACAUUAAGGUUCUGAUCACCGUCCAUUCAUAAUGCAACAGAUGCAUUUGUGAUGGAUUUCUGCAUCUGCAUUUUAAACUCCAAUAGCUGCUGCUGCUGCUGCUGUUAUUUUUAGAGCAUCUGCAGUUCUAACGGAUAGCCUGCACAGCUUUAGCAGAUUUCGAGUAGCCUAGGCUAACUUUUCUGCUCAUUCAUCAUUUAGGCUACAGUCAUAUUCAUAUGUAGCUCUGUGUUUGUGCGCUGUGCUGUCUCCUUUUUUUGACGGCGUCCCGCGGUUUGCUGGCAGGCUGCAGCAGGGAUGGUAGCAGGUCAGUGCGAUCGGAUGAGCGUUGUACCAGUCGGUCUGGUGGUUAAUAUGGAAUAUUUGCACAGAGCGAUCUGUCAAAUCCAUUUGCACCGGCGGAAAAAGGGAGGCCUGUAGUAGUGCAAAAUAGAAAAACAGGUCAUUUCGCCGUUCUUUAUGGCUUCUGGCUCCGGAGAUGAAAAGGGAAACACGGGGGGCGUUUCAUGGAGACUCAUAGGCCCUGCCUCGGAGCUUUCCAAGAAGCGCUGCCGUUUAAUGCACUCCUCUCUCGGCUAUGGUUCCGAUGUCUGCCUCUUCUAUGUGAAGGGGGAGUUUUUCGCAAUGGAUGCUCGCUGUUCACACUCCGGCGGUCCUCUGUGUGAGGGGGACAUUGAGGAGGCUGACGGAGUCCUGCAGGUCUUCUGUCCCUGGCAUGAUUAUAACUUUGAUCUCAGGACUGGGAAGUCAGGGACAUCACUACAGCAACAAGUGUAUGAAGUCAAGCUGGAGGAUGGAAAUGUUUAUGUGAAGCACAGAAGUCAUCUGUCCUUACAGCCUUUUCUUCCAGAUCGGAAAAGCUGAUCUACCUCAGAGCAGAUAUCCAGACCUGGAUAUCCACUGGCUGUACUGCAAGUCCUGAAAAAACGGUUAUUGCGCCAAGAUGCUAAGUCAGCAGACUGACAGUUUGGUUUUCGAAUCACAGAGGCAAUAGGAGUAUCCAAAAUGAGUUUUUAAUUCAAUUAAAAUUGAUAAAAUAAAGAGUAAAAAUGAGUAAAAACUGAACACCAUCGUCUUGAUUUCUUGAAAAGAAUCAUCAUAUUUUGCAUGUUAGCGUUUUCGAAUAACCAGUACAGGUCUCCUUUAGUAAAGCCCACAUUUUGCAUCUAAGUGUCAUUUUAUUUCAUGGUUUACUAUAUUUCCUAUUAUUCCAGACUUGAGAGGCAGACUUGUUUAGUUGUGCCCUUGAAGCAAUGUCACAUAGGAAGAAACUCUCUUCCAGGAUUUAUUUGCAAAACUUUUUUUUAACCCAAUUAGAGUUUAAGCAAAUAGAAAACACAUCAAGGACACUGUGGUUACAGUUGGUGGCAAUUCCACAGCUAACACGUUUCCAUCAGCAUUUCUCUUCAUUCCUGUCUUCUGCACAGACAGGUUUGUCUGUUACUGACGCUGUGGGAUUUACGAGGAACGGUUAGUAAGGCGCCGGAGGAAGGUUCACGACCUGAAAUGCACCACUGACUUAAGAAAAAUGUGUUUUCCUAGCUGUGCGUGUGUGAGUGUGAGCAGUGAUGCCAGUGUGUUGUUUUUUUUUCUUCGUGGUGAGAGCAGUCACUCACUAUAUUUUCUGUCAGCUUCGUUUUCUGGCAGACACACAGAACCCCGUCACGAAGGUGUCAAUGACAGUGUGGCUCAACACUCCAGUUUUCCUCCCUACUGUGCUCCCUGUUGUGCAACUUUAUUACAAUAAUAAUUCCACUGGUUAAAAAUGUUAUGUGCACCAGAUGUCUCGCUGUGUUGUCUUACAUUUCAUCACCUGAAGGGUAAUGUGCAAACAAAGUGGAGAUACGGCUAUUUUGUGUCAGUAGAAAAGUCAAAGUAACGGUUUGAGAUUCCGCAGGAAUGUUUUGAGACGCUUGAGGCACAUUGGGAAAAUUGGGAUUCUCAUCAGAAUGUUGUUAUGUUUCCUAAAAUGUAUUUUAUAUUCUUUUGUAUUUCUAGUGUAUGUCUCUGGGACUGCAUACACCAAUGCAUUUAAAUUCACCCCUCUGUUGUAAGUUAGUAUCAUCAGUAUCAUGUUUGUUGUAAACUUUGUUUAUUGUUGUAAGAUGGAAAAAGUAA